AUGAGCUCUUCCUCAUCCCUGUAUCUUUCUCGGUUUGAGGAAAACGCCCGAAGGAAUGCCGAAAAGCGCAUCAUUGAAGCAUUUCAGAAACCGGAAAAUUUGGAGAAUAUUGACGUUAUUCGUGCCCGCUUUUUAAACCAAAAAACCGCAACUGAAGCUCAAUUAAAAAUGGCUGUUCAUGGUCAGCUUGAUAGUAUUCAAAAUGGACUUGACAAAUUGGACUCUGCUCUUUGCAUUUCAAAAGCAUGUGCUGGCCGAAUCGCCGCAAUUGAGAAAUCAUUAUCUGCUAUUGGUGGCCUUCCAGCGUCUUUGAGUCAGCUGCAUGUUAUUUCCACGAAACACAAACAGCUCGCCGCUGCCAUGGAAAACAUGUCGUAUUUAGUCAAAGUGCCUGAUGCAAUGCUUGAAGCCAAAAAUUUGAUAGAAAGUGAGAAUCUCCUUGAAGCUCACAAACGAAUUCAAGAAUUAGAGGGAAUUAGAGACGAGAUUAUGUCAGAUGUUUUCAAACAGAACUCUUCAUCGGACCUUGAUACGUUGCGAAUCUUUUUCAAAGGUCUGGAUGAACUGAAUGGUGCCAUUUUGGAGAAAAUUUUGCAUGUCGGUGCGACCUUAACAAGUGCUGUAGUUACUCAAAACGUUCUAUGUGUAAAUUGCAUUCGUAUUAUCGACAGAGAAGAACGAGCCGAUAUGAUUUGGAAGAAACGCCAGGGGAAGUUAGGUUUCAUGCCAGAUGGUCGACCCAAAGAGUGGAAGAAAAAAUUCUUCGCCGAACUGGCUCGCACUAUUCAAAACCGUGUACAAGGGUGCUCUGUUGACUCAGAUAACGAGAAAACUCGAUUGGUGAGGCACAACGAAGCCAUACGUCAGCACGCCCUGAGAGACCUGCGAAUUGCAAAAAACAUAUGUCCUGUAUUCUUCCCACCAGACUACGGUAUAUUUGAUCGGUUUGUCGAAAUGUAUCAUGAUGCUAUUGGGAUGCAUAUUGAAACUCUCAUAAAUGAAGGCCUCAAUGAUACAGAAAUUGUUCAACUUCUUGGCUGGAUUAAUGCAUAUCACACUGAAGAAUUUAUGAAACACCCACUUUUUAAUGUUGAUUUCUCUCGUUUGAACCUCAAGUAUCCCCCAAAUCUGCUUCCAGACGACAAAUUGAUGGGCUUACGCCAAGAGUAUGUGACGAAGACCAUCGCGAAAUUACGCGGUUGGUUGCUCAAGUCCUUGGCAAUCGAUGUUGAAGACUGGCAACGAUCUACCAAGCCAGAAUUGAAUGAUGCCUCCAAUUACUACACCCCUCUUUCGUUGAUGGUUCUUUCACCAAUAAACGAGCUUGUUGGUGAAGGGAAAUUACUGCAUUUUCUUGGCAAUUCCGUUCGCGAGAAUUUUCUGGUCCAAUGCACCCAGGAAAUUACUUUGUUUUCGAAUGAUUAUGAGAAAAGUAUUCGCGAGUAUCGUAGUCUUUACCUCAAUGACCGAGCUAAAUUCCCUUACUACUUAGAAUAUAUUCUGGCGAACGCCAAUAAUACUUGGACGAUUUCAAAAAGCUUCGCUGCAGUUAUCAACCGCGAGGUUGAAAAUGACUCUCAUCUCAAGGGCCGCCUUCUUCCUCAACUGGGCCGUCUCAGGGAUGAGUACGGCAAGCUCAGUCCUGGCGAUUUGACUCCACAAUGUCUUACGGGUACACUUUUGGACUAUAAUGAGACUCUUGUCCAUGUGCACCAAACGUAUUAUCAGGAAUUAAUGCCACGUUUGGCCACACACCUCCUUGUCGAUUACCUGAAAACUAUUCUGACCAGAACCCUUACUUUUACAUCAAAUCAUGAACGACAUACAGCUGGCGAAAAAUUUAUUCAGUCAGCUGGCAUGCUCAAGUCAUUUUUCGAAAAUCAAGUUCCUGUAUCCAAGAAAAUCGUUGAUGCCUAUGAAGCUAUUGCUUUGAUUGGCAAGUUCCUCACCAACGACGACCCCAAUAUGUUGUCGUUGGAUGUCGGACUAGCCGUUAAUGUCGCUCAAGGUGGAGCUACUGGUAAAUCGUCUUCAGACAUUUUUACAAAGGUUGCACUUGCAAUGGGUAGAUGA